AUGUCAGUCGCACCCCAGAUUUCAGUCCGCCUUGCCAUCGCAUUCACCGUCUUGAAACAUAAGCCGAAGGACCAGUCCAUCCCAAGUUAUCUCCUGGGUCUUCAGUCCCUUUUUUCUCUGUCCAACGAUAGCCAGGCAACGUGCGGUGAGGACGCGUGGAGGAAUCAUGCGCUCUCUCUAGAAAGAGAACUUGAGUCCUUGAAACAAAAGCGGGAAGACGAUGAAACAGAACUCAUUCGUCUGCGGCAAAACGCGACCAAGGACAUGCCAGACGACUCGGACGCUGCUCCCUCAAAAAAGAAAACGAAGAAGGGUGGUAAAGCUCAGGAGCUUCAACUUCAGGACGAUGACUGGCCUGCAAAACGGGAAGAACGCCUCAAUGCGACGGGCCAAUCAUCACCGUCCCUCGCCGCAGCAUUCACCUCCCUUCGAAGUGUUCUCAACUCAGUAAGUCCGCAGACAGGUGACGACCCACCACACAACUCGCGCCUACUAGCUGCGAUUACACGCACAAUUGACACCAUUGGUAAAUUCCUAGGCCUCCAAAAUAUUUCGACGUCUUCUGUUCCAUCAGAACUUAAUGAGUUGAGAAUCGCAAUGGCCUCCCCACUCCUGGUGUAUGUCUUGCGCAUCGCUCUUCCAGCCCUCUUCUACCAAGACAUCAGAAAUUCCUGCAGUGUUGCUGUAUCCCGCCUGAUCGAUGCCCUAUUCGUCCCCGUUGUCUGCAGCUUCACUCUCGUAUCCCGUGCACACGUCAUGCACCAUGUAGACACCAGCUUGGCUAAGAAGACGUCGAAAAGUCGCAAAGGAAAUGAGAAGGUACCGAAACCUCCAAGCCAGAUACCUGACGUUCGUAUGGACCUCUUGACUCUUCUCGACGAGGCGCUGAACACGUUAGACUCAAUAUCACCCUGCCACUCUGGGUAUACGGCUGGCAUCAGGGAGCGCAUAGCAUUAGAGUCGAUUCGGUCUCUAGAGUCGUUGUACUCUACAGGAAUCACUGUCAGUGCCGACGGAACUAUGGACAACGCAACCCUGGAGGACGCGUCUCAUGGUCCAGAAUCAUCGCAGGCGUCGCAUCCACACAGACGGAGAACUGUGCUCAGUAGAAAGGAUAGGCUCGAGGCUCUCGCGCGGAAAGAUGCGACGUGGUAUCUGUGCCACAUACUCAACUCUUCCAUGAGCACAGGUGGACCGAAAGACGGGCCUGGAUCUAUGCUCAACGGUGCUCUUUUGGAUGGUGCUGCAAGAAUUGUGAAGAUGUGCAUCUCGAUGGACUGUGACGGUGUUGCGCGAGUUGGAAGGAGUUGCGUCAUGGAUGUGAUGUGUCGAAAUAUGGUCUUGGCCGCUUGUGAAAAGAUAUUCAGUGCCCUACCUCAAGAGAACCCUGGGCUGUAA